AUGCACCAGAGAUACGGUAACGCAGUCCGUGUAGCCCCAAAUGAGGUUGUCUUUUCGUCACUGGACGCGAUGAAGGAGAUAUAUCUGUCCAAAGGUAGUGGCUUUGAUAAGACAAGUUUCUACAACCUCUUCUCCCAGUUCGGGCUCAGGACAAUGUUCUCAACCCUGCAAAAAGGCCCACACAGCCAAAGACGACGAGUAACCGCCGACCGUUACGCAAACACUAACGUCAACCGUGAAGCCUCUCUACACGGUAUACAAGAAAGAUCACAAAAUUUCAUCGCUCGUUGCAAAGAUGCUCCAAAGCAGGAGCUUGACGUUUACAUAUUCCUCCACUGCUAUGCGUUCGACUGCGUUACGCAUCACCUGUUCCAUCCUCAUGGAAGUGACUCGAUUCUCCGGGCAUCAGACGAAGAAACACUCCAUGAGGCGGUCUUUGACAACAGUCUUGUUAGACGACUCUUGAACUAUUAUCACCCGACUCUUGGUAGCGUUGCAGGCAAGCUGGGCUUGUUCGGAAAGUCGCGCGGUAUUCCUAGAUCCACAGAACUUGUGCUCAAUGGUGUGAAAAAGGGCGGCGUUGCUGACUUUACACUGGUGAGUCGCAUGCAAGAAGAGAAGUUCGGCAUGGGCACUUUCGACAUCGCUUCUGAAUGUAUGGACCACAUGCUUGCUGGGAUUGAAACCACUGGUGAUGCGCUGUGCUUUCUGAUGUGGCAGAUUUCCCAGCCAGGCUAUACCUUCAUCCAGGAGCGCCUGAGAGAUGAGUUUAGAGCCAACCCUGGUGUUCCUUCCGAUCAACUUGAGUACCUCGAAGUAGUUGUCAAAGAGGGUCUCAGAGUCUUCCCUUCCAUCCCUAUGAGUUUACCAAGAUGCGUUCCUGAAGGCGGCGCAACUGUUGAUGGCCAUUGGCUUCCUGGAGGUACUAUCGUCAGCUGUCAGCCAUACUCGAUGCAUCGGAUGGAUGAAGGAGUAUUUCCUCGUCCAGAUAGCUUUGAGCCGCAGAGAUGGCUAGAGGAGAAAGGCUCCGCUGAGCGAAACCGACUGUUCUUUGCGUUCUCUAAUGGAGGUCGUGCCUGCAUCGGAAGGCAUCUUGCUAUCGUUGAGAUGAAGACCCUUUUGCGUGACAUCUAUUCGCAGUAUAGAACAGCGCCUGCAGAUGGCCUGACUUUUGACAUGAGCAUGGACGACCAGAUUUUUACAUCUCGUCCGAAAGGCCAGAAGUGCAUUUUGAGGUUUAUCGGAUGGGAUUGA